GUUUUUUGCAUCGAUCUCAUGUUAUCUGAAGGAGCUUGUUUGCCUUGUAGAACACAGUCUUUCAGCAUGAUACUUCAGGCUCCUUACUGUCAUCCCAUGUUUGCAAAUAUGGCUUUUUUUAUGGUCAACAAUGUUGAUCUCUGUCGGUGCCAGCCCAAAAAAUAAUUACCUGUUCCUAAAUUAGGGAAAAUGAUCCUAUAAGAUCUAGUAUCAUGUAUUUGCAUUUGGACCUAAUUCAUAGCGUUUACGUAACAAUUUAUUUUCUUUCUUGUUUCUUUACCUAUGAUUUUCUCUUGCUAUGUUAUAAGUUUUAUGGUAAGUUUUUUGUCAAGUUAUGAAUUCAGAUUUUUUUUGUUUAAUGCAAAUAUGUUUUUUUUUCAACUGGAAAAUGGGCUUUGAAUACUCCGUCGUCUGAAGCUUCUAUGCGUUUCCUCGAUUUAGUCCUCCCAACUAUUCAUAAUUCUGCAGAGCUUGUCGCAUCCAAUCGGUAGAGUCGACAGCAAUGGCGUCACCAUCCAUCGCCUCCCUCUUCUCCGCCACGGCUCUCCAGGUCGUCGCCGGAUCGCCGUCCUCCGUCCGCGUGUGGUGCCACGACCACGGUGCGCGCCAUCAGCAGCAGCCGGCGCGGCGGCUGGUGGCAGCGGCGGCGGUGAAGCGGCGGUACAAGGGGACGGCGAGGAAGGAGGCGGCGCUGGCGGAGCUGAUCGAGCGGAAGGUGGCGGAGGCGAUGGAGGCGUGCGAGGGCCAGCGAGGGGAGGAGAGGGACGACGGGUGCCGGGUGGCGUGGGACGAGGUGGAGGAGGUGAGCCAGGCCAAGGCCGACCUCCGCCGCCGCAUCGCCGAGGCCCCCGACGACCCGCUCGAGCCCUUCUGCGCACACAACCCCACCGCCGACGACUGCGCCGUCGUCUACGUCGACGACUGACCCCUCCCUCCCACCGUCCACUCCAUGAUCUGUGCGUGAUCACAGCUCGGUUCUUUGGCAACGAAUUAUGAUUUGCUUGCUUUACUGCUUGUUGAUCGAGACUCGAGAGGGAAAAAACCAUGCUUCAGCUUUGAGGUUCAAUUAUCACAGACACGUUAGUAAUGGUAUGAUUAGAUGUCAUUAGCGUUGCUUCAUCAGUGUGCAAGUAUUUAUAAAGUUCAUGGCAUUUCGGCU